AUGGAUGCUAAAAACCAGACCUUCAUAACGGAAUUUAUCCUCCUGGAGAUAACCGCCGUCCGGCAGUUGCAGAUUGUCUCCUUCGUCUUUUUGUUGGCCUUGUAUCUUUUCAACCUGAUUGGCAACGUUGGUAUCAUCACCUUGGUAAUAAAAGACUUGCAUCUUCACACCCCAAUGUAUUUCUUUCUUGGGAAACUAUCGUUCCUCGACGUGUUUUUCUCUUCCACCACAGUACCCAAAAUGUUGUCGAGUUUAUUGACUGGAGACAACAGAAUCUCAUUAUGUAGCUGCAUAGUCCAACUUUACUUCUACCAUUUUGUGGGUUGUACAGAGGCUCUGCUUCUGACAACCAUGUCCUACGAUAGGUACUUGGCAAUAUGCACCCCGCUGCACUACAAUGCUAUCAUGACCAAGAGGACUUAUAUAUUUUUGGCCACGAACUGCUGGGUCAUAAGCUUUAUCUACUCCCUGAUACACCCAUUGCUUGCUUCAAAGUUACCUUUCUGCAGGGAUAACCAUAUCAAACACUUCUUUUGUGACAUUAAACCACUUCUAAAACUGUCCUGCGAUGAGACGAAACUGAAUGAAAAACUUGUGUUUAUCGUGACCGGUUUGGUGGCUUUUACCACUUUUUCACUCAUUUUAGUAUCUUAUGUCUUAAUAAGUGCCCGUCUCCUUAACAUCCACUCAACCCAAGAUAGAAGGAAAGCUUUCUCCACCUGUACCUCCCAUUUGAUUGUGUUUUCCCUAUAUUAUGGAUCAGGAUUUUGUACAUAUUUAACCCCUGCCGAAAAGGAGUCGUUACCCCAAGAUAGACUUGCUGCUGUAUUGGUCACAUUUAUUAUCCCAGCUCUUAACCCACUUAUAUACUCUUUGAGAAACAGAGAUGUUAAACGAUCUUUACAACGGAUGUUUUCCAACAGCCAUGUUUUUCGUGAGAGGACAAUGGAAACUUUUAAAUGA